UUGAGCACCGAAGUCCAGGCUUCUAGCCCCAUCCUCCUCCCCCCUCACUCUCACUUCCAAGCUUCCAUGGUAGUUUCCACUCUUCUCCACCAACCUAAGUACUCUAUCAGAAGGCUCUCUUUGUCCUUCACAUUUUCCUUAUUCUCCAAUAUAUCCUCCUCUUCUUCUUUCUCAUCUUUAUGCAGAAGCCACCCUUUCCUACCAAACCCAGAACCUCCUCCUCCUGUCCCAAAGAAAGUCCCUUUCAAUGUCUCUGUUCAUGGAAGAACAUGGCAAGACCCUUACCAUUGGAUGUCAAACACCAAGGACCCUGAUUUCUCUGAGUAUCUCAAUCGAGAAAACUCUUAUGCUGAAGCUUUCAUGGCUGACACCCACAAACUCCAACGCACUCUCAUCUCUGAGAUGACUGGUCGAUUGCCCCCCAAUAUUUCUACUCCUCCUGAGCGUUUUGGACCCUGGUUGUACUAUCAAUACAUUCCGGAAGGUAAGGAAUACCCGGUACUUUGUAGGAGAUUGGAAGUUGAGAAAAGUAAUUCGCUUAAGGCUAUUCUCGGAGGACGGGUAGGAAAAGAGGAGAUUUUGCUUGAUUGGAAUGCAAUUGCAGAGCAAUAUGGUUAUGUGCACGUUGGUACUUGUCGCGUAUCACCAGACCACAAUUUUCUUGCAUAUGCACUUGAUAUUACGGGUAGUGAACAGUUCAUGCUUCAAAUUAAAGACCUUAGAAGUGGAUGUAUUGUUCCAAAAUUACAAGUUAAUGGGGUUGUCAGUGUAGCAUGGGCUCAAGAUGGCUGUUCCCUGUUCUAUACUCAAUCAGAUGAGAAUCAGCGGCCUUGCAGGGUUUUCUAUUCAAAGCUAGAAUCUGGUAAUAUGGACAGUUUCCCUGUAUUUACAGAAAGUGAUUCUAGCUUUUGUGUGGACAUAACAAGCACAAAAGAUGGGAAGUUUAUAACUGUGAAUUCAAAUUCAAGGACAUCAUCCGAGGUUUAUAUAAUUGAUGCCUCCAACCCAUUAGUUGGAAUGCAAAGAAUACGUGAGCGUGUUUCUGGUGUGCAGUAUUUUCUGGAACAUCAUUGUGGAUUAUUUUAUAUUCUUACAAAUGCUUCAUUGGGUGAAAAUAAGGAGUUAUGUGGUGAAGAUUAUUACCUAGCUAGAUGCCGAGUUGAAGAUAUACAGUCAGCUAAUUGGCAGAAUAUUAUCCUUCCAAGUGAAGAUUUUGCCUUGCAAGAUAUGGAUGUUUUUUAUGGACAUCUGGUGCUUUUCCUCAACAAGAAGGGUAAUCCUAUGUUGUGCUCCAUCAAUUUGCCUAUCAAUAUUGAUUGUGAGCACAAAAAGGAGAUUGAAGAUCUUAAUCCCUGGUUUUUCCCACUACCAUCAAAUUCAUGUUCUGUUGUUCCAGGUUCAAACCAUGAGUUCAUGAACUCAGUUUAUCGCGUUGUGCUUUCAUCUCCGGUGAUGCCUGAUGUUAUUGUUGAUUAUGACAUGUCAAGAAAGGGAUUUUCCAUUGUGCAUCAAGAUGAAGUAAAGGGUGUUUCAUUUAAGCUAGACUUGAACCAAAGUUUUGGCUUAAAACACGACAAGGAAGAAAAUGUCCAGUAUAGUGAACUACAGAGGUGGAAGGAUUUUUCUCAUGCAUACCAUUGUGAAACAAAAGAAGUUAUUUCCCAUGAUGGUGCCAGAAUUCCUUUGACCAUUUUGUACUCUCGAACAGCCUGGCAGAAGGGUCAGUCACCUGGUAUUUUACAAGGAUAUGGCGCAUAUGGUGAAGUUUUAGAUAAAAGCUGGUGUUCAAAUCGACUUAGUUUACUUGAUCGGGGUUGGGUGGUGGCAUUUGCUGAUGUGAGGGGUGGUGGUGGGGAUUCUUCAUGGCAUAAAUCUGGCAGUGGGUUGCAUAAAAAGAAUUCAAUAUUUGAUUUUGUGUCUUGUGCAAACUACCUGGUCAAAGAGGAUUACGUACAUAGAGAUCAGCUAGGCGCCAUAGGAUAUAGUGCUGGGUGUCUUCUUUUGGGAGCAGCUAUCAAUAUGUGCCCAGAUUUGUUUCGUGCUGCCAUUUUAAAGGUUCCAUUUCUUGAUAUAUGCAAUACUUUAUUGGAUCCUAAUUUGCCUCUCACCCUUCUGGAUUAUGAAGAAUUCGGGAAUCCUCAGAUACAGUCCCAAUUUGAGUGUAUUUUAAGCUAUUCUCCUUAUGAUAAUGUUUCUCAAGGAAGCUGCUAUCCUUCAAUGCUUGUGUCAGCAUCCCUUCAAGACUCAAGGGUUGGGGUAUGGGAAGCUGCCAAGUGGGUAGCAAAAAUUCGAGACAAGACAUGUUCUGCUUGUUCUGGUUCAGUAAUUCUCAAGACAAAUAUGACUGGAGGACAUUUUGGUGAAGGCGGUCUUUAUGGUCAAUGCGAGGAAACUGCUUAUGAUUAUGCUUUUCUAUUAAAAACUAUCAGGAUGUUUGAACAAUAAGUAACAUGCAAAGGUGGUAUUGGAAAAAAAGAAUGGUACAGCUUUGGUGACCCAGCUUGAUAAUUUCAUUCCUUACAUCACUGGUCAAGCAGAAGCAGAAUUCCUGCAGCAACCCAGGUAUUUUUACCACUGAGCUCCACAGAUACGAAAAGGGUUUCUGGACAAGCAUGCAGCAACCCAAAGUAUGUGCUUUCGAAAUUGGAGUAGCUUCAGAGUUCUGAUAUCAAGCAAUAAUAUCUCAAAGAUACUGUACUAAUAGCAACUUUUGUUUGACCAACUUUUUCUGGUAAUCAUCUUGUUAAUUGAUUUAUAACAACAUAUGAUAAAUAAUUUGUAUUUUUGGUCAGUGUUUGUUCAUUCCAAGUUUAAAGGUUUUAGAUUCUUCUCAUGUGGUUAUGUUGAGCAGAAUUCAACUAAAUCAGUUCUUGUUUAGCAGGACUUUUAUAUACCAACUUUUUAUGAUUGAACUUCGUUAUUUUGAAUCUCUCCAUUCUGGGUGGUUGGCUUU